CUAUCCACUCGUUGGUUUUAAGAGGAGCGCUGGGGCUUUAAAUGGCUCCUUGAACCUUCGGGCACCCAGUUAAUAAACACCCACGUCAGCACAGAGCUCCAGUCGCUCCGACCGGGUUUCGGUCUUUAGGGCUGAGCAGGAAGUGUGUGACUGUGGACCCUGGACGAGGAAAAAGGAGAGAAGAGAGAGAGGGGGGGUGUGAAACGGCGAGGGAAAAUAAGAUAAAAUGGACAUGGUGGCGGAUUUGGGGGCCAGUCGGCUCUAUAGGGCGCCGGGUGAAUCCAGCCACCAGCAACCUCAGAGGUGGUUCAACACGGCCGACAUCACGGUGUCUCACCAGAGCAACCUUCUGAAGCAGCUAAACGAGCAACGCCGCCAGGAGCUUUUCUGUGACUGCAGUGUGUUGGUGGAGGGCCAGCUCUUCAGGGCCCACCGUAACGUCUUGUUCGCCAGCAGCGGCUACUUCCGCAUGCUGCUGUCCCGGGGGCCCGACGGGUUGCCAGAGACUGUCAGCGCCACAUUCGACGUCUUCAGCCCAGAGACUUUUACCGUCAUCCUGGAUUUCAUCUACUCUGGACAGCUGGACCUCUCUAGCCAUAAUGUCAUCGAGGUCAUGUCCGCGGCCAGCUACUUACAGAUGAACAGCGUCAUCACCUACUGCAAAAACUUCAUCAAAUCCUCCUUGGACAUUAGUGUGAAGGACGAAGACAGCGACCGCUGCCACAGCCUGUCUGAGACCUGUUCUUUCACCAGCGGAGCAGGAGAAGAAUCCACAGAGCAUCAGCAGCAAGGCCCCCGCUCCGUCAGCCCACCACCUGCGCUCUGGACCCGUGACAACUCCAGAUCCCAGUCCAGUUUUAUGGGGAAGGAGGCGGAGCAGGAGGGUUCAGCCUCAACCCUAAAGACUGACCCAAGCAGCCCGACGAAUGAGCUCAGUGCAGAAACGGAUGACCUGCAUGACCCUCAAGACCCUCUGUACACACUUCCUGGAUUAGAGCGUCGGCGAGGGAAAGGAGGGACCAAAAGGAGAGCGCCCAACAGCACUCGUUCUGGCCAGCAUGAAGACCUGGAUAUUCAGGAGGCAAGAACCCUAAAGGCCGAAAAGGCAGAGGAGCUUUACGCCACACUACCUCCAAUUGUUGGUGUCAUUGGCCACUUUAAUAAAGAUUCCAACCCUGUUAUGCGCUUUAAAUGCCCCUUUUGCACACACACUGUGAAGAGGAAGGCAGACCUGAAGCGUCACCUGCGCUGUCACACCGGAGAGAGACCGUACCCUUGUCAGGCCUGCAAUAAGCGCUUCACCCGCCUGGAACACCUUCGCAGCCACUUUGAGACGAUUCAUCAAGCCAGGAAGUUGGUGUGCAGGAAGUGUAAGUGUCAGGUGACAGAGGAGACCGGGCAUGUGGUGUGUGAGGGCACACGGCGCUACCGCAUGUGCACCGCCUGUAUCCAGGAGGUGGGCUGUGACGACAUACCUAUAGACGGCCUGCAGACGCCCAACGAGGAGCCGGCGCUGUUACUAGGUGUGGAUGGCGAGGAGGAGGGGGACACCAAGAGGAACUGGAUGGUGAAUGACGACGACGAUCUAGCCGAAGACUCGGGCGCAGACCUCAUCAUCCAGCAAGUGGAUGACAGCGAAGAGGAGCUGCAGUGAAGCAGGACCAAACUAUGUGCAGAUAUAUAUUGACAUUGUGCAUCUGUAUUAAAGCCAUGCAAAAAACUAAAAAAAGAAAACUUGGGCCACGAGAUGUAAAUGCUCAGUUGGUUGUAUUCAACUGAGGAAUUUUUCGUUUCAAGACUGUGGGAAACAUGGACAGUUUUUUUAUGUAAAUGUUACUAACGUUAUGCAGUAUCCAAAGCAUGCAUAUUCUUUUCUAUUGUUUUUGGUUAAGUCGUGGUUUUAUUACAAUUUCAGUGAGUCUUUCUUCAUGUGUAUGCAUGAAAAGACACCAAUUCUUUGCAGCUCUUUGGGACUUUUUGUUGACAUUGCUGCAAAGAUGUUGACCCAGACAAAAUGGCAGCUCUUAAUGGUUCUUCAAAUUUAGGGAGAGUUAAAGAAGUAUUUCAUUCUGAGAGUUUGUCUGCCACGUUUUUGCCGUCCUGUUUAUGAUAUGCACUAUGAUAUUGAUUAUAAUUUAUUUAAUCCUUUUUAUCUUUACUUUCUGACAUAUUAAAGAUAUUUUUAUA